AUGAACGCUCCAGCGGAUCGAGCUGUGGUCCACGCAUACCGUCACCUCUACCGACAAGGGUUGAAAGCCUGUCACUACGCAUCCCCGGCCCGAUAUAUGCUCAUACAGUCCUUGCGUAAAGCCUACCGCUCCUCCCCGGCUGAAGCAUUCGAUGCGACCCGAAUCCAAAAUACCAUCCGUUUCCUCGAACGAGCUACCGAGGUCGCAGGCAUGGAACACAAGAUCUUCAAGAACCUCUUGAUGACGAGGUAUUGGGAGGAAGACCACCUUGGGAGAGAGGUGCGCGUCACCCGGGUAUUAGGACUCGGCCACAUCGAGCACCAAUUGCGAGCCAGCGCUUUCAACCACUACAAUUUAACGCUUGACCGUUUGAAUGAGAGUUUAGGGACAUGUCUCAAAUGA